CUCACAUUUGAUCUUGAAUGGAAUCCUAUGUUUUGAAUAUAUCUGGGAGAUGUUCAGGAUCAGUGUUACAGAAUAAAACUUUUGUCCCGUUAAAUGGGCCUAUUUUAUCGAUUACAAAUAGUUCUCCAUAUAAACCUGUUAGCUUAGUACGUGUUGCAUGGGACAAACAAGGCUUAAAAUUUGUUUCAAGUGAUUGUCAAGGAAAUGUGCUUGUUUUUUCUAUCCAUAAAAAUAGGUUUUUCUUGGUGGAGCGUUUAAACAGCUGUAGCUCUUUUCUCACAUUCACAAAUGAUAAGAAUCAAGACAUUCUAGCUUGCUUAGCUGACUGCACUAUUGUUUCAUUAAGUUCAGAUGAUCGAAAAGUCAAGAAUAAUUUUUAUUAUCACACAUCUUCCGUAACCUACAUUUCAUUUGACAAAACAGGCAGAGUGGUUUUGUCUUGCUCAAAAGAUGAAGCUAUUUUGUGGGAUUUAAGUACUUUUACUGUUCUGAGGGUACUAACUUUGAAAAAGACUGUAAAUAUUGUCAAAGUUUUCUUCAUUCCGGACAAAGAUAUCAUUGUAUCCGCUUUUCAAGACAGUUCGGUAUUUUUUUGGGAUUACAAGAACUUCAACUGCAUUCAUCAGUUCAUUUGUGAUUUCGAAACGUCUCUCUUGAACUUAAAGUGCAUAGAUGCCUCAAGUGAUGGCCAACUUGUGGCUUGUGCUGGAAAAGCAAACUGGUUCUUGGUGUGGAAUGUGACAGAGAUGAUGCGUAAGUGCAACAUUCUUCUACCUGAACAUAUGUCAGUGAAGCAGAUAAAUUUCCUUGCAUCUCAGCCAGGUUCUAGUGAUCAGUAUGUUUUGUCCUUGCUUAACGCAAAGGGAGAAAUCCACAUUUAUAAUCUAAAAGAUAUGGAGCACCUUCAUAAGCAGACAUCCAAUGCGGGAAGAAUUACAUCUUAUGCAAGUUCUGGGAAACACUUCCAGUUGCUUGCAGUUACUUUACAAGGCAUUGUGGAACUCUAUGAUCUCUCUGAUAUUGUGUUGGAUGCUAAAAAGGCAUCUGUUCCAAAACAAGGAAAAGUUUACCAUAUGCAGAGCAAGAAAAGCAAAAGUCUACAAUUUAAUUUAAAGAAAACAAAAAGGGAUAUUUCUUUUGUGGACAAAACAAAAUUACAGUCCUUAUUGAAAAGUUUCAAUGAAUAUCCUGAAAAACAUAGGUUCUUUAUUUGGGCUCAACUGUUAGAAAUUCCUCACAAUGAAGAUGCCUUUAAUGUUAUACAUCAAGAAUCACUUAACAUUCCUUUCAGCAAAGAUUAUUCAUUUAUGAAUCCUGGUGUGAAGAAAACGUUUUUAAGAAUAAUGUCCAUGCUAUCUUGCUGGCAUCCUGUAAUUCAUGAGAUGGAUCAUUUUCAAUGUGUUGUUUUCCCAUUCAUAAAAGUAUUGCAUAAAAACACCAUCAUUUGCUUUGAAAUUUUAAUUACUUUAAUUAGUAACUGGUGUCAAAAUUGGUUUUUCUUCUGUCCAUUCCCACCCUAUAAUAUUUUUUGCAUUGUUGAAAAUAUAUUGAGUUUUCAUGACCUAAAGCUGAUGGUGCACUUUUCUCAAAAUGAUGUUUCUCCAAAGAUAUAUGCCUGGUCACUUCUGCAGACUUCAUUUUCUGAGGUCUUCAAUAAAGCACAGUGGCUAAUAUUUUGGGAUCAUGUAUUUUCCAAUGGUUUAGCAUUUCUUCUGUAUGCUGUCGUGGCUUAUAAUUUACUUAUGAAAGAUGUGUUGAUGCAGUGUAGUCGCUUAAAAGAGUUUAAGAAAUGUUAUUGCAUGCAUUCCAUUUCUGCUUUGGCUGUUGUCAAUAAAACAUAUGAAUUGCAAGAAAGUACUCCCACAAAUAUUGUCUCUGACAAAGUAAUUGGGUCAUUUGUACCAAUUCCCAAAGGAGCUUAUCCAUCUUUUAUCCAGAUGUCUCAAAUGAAUAUAAACUUGGAAACACACAUUAGAAAAAGCAUAAUUGAUCAAGAAAUUGACUAUCUGAAACGAAAGGAGGAUGUCCUUGAAAUUCGUAGCAAUUAUUUAAAAGAGAUGCAAAUGCUGCAGACUUUAAGAAGAAAGAUGUUUUUAGAAUGCAUUGAUGAUAAGGAUGAAGAAUCUUUGGAAACAUUAUCAAAAAAGCUGCAAAAAGUACAAAAUAUUAUACAAGAAAACCUUAUUGAUCAGGUGGAAAUGCUUAAAGAAAGAGUUGGUGAAGAUAUUUACUGUGGAAGCACUGGGGACUUGAAAAACAAUUUUUUUCGUUUUGAAGAUUACAUGGAUAAAAUGAAAAUCAAGACGUAAAAGAAAUUUGAACUUUGUUAAAUUAUUGUUAAUAAUCACUAAAAUCA